UGCUCAGCGUUUUACAAAAGACGAAUUGAACGUAAAUAUUUCAUAAAAAUGGCAAAAUCAAAUAAAAUGUUUGCCGAUAAAGCCUUUGAGCUAAUUAAGGAGUUGGAACGUUCAUCACAGACCAUCCCACCUUUCGACGACGACGGUGUUCGGCAAGUCUUAGAAGAAAUCAAAGCAAUUUUCGAGGAAAACUGUGCACAAGCCGCCAACUACUCAACCUCCGGCGAUCGCACGCUGUGGCCACUGCUCAACUUUCGACAUGCUGCACUACAAAGAAACAAGCGUUGCCUACUAACAUAUUUGUACCAACGUUUGCUCCGUAUAAAAGCCCUUCGUUGGGAAUUCGGUCCAAUUAUCCCAGCAGACAUUAAAGCUUCACUAUGCGAACCGGAAGUUAACUUCUUUAAACACUGA